AUGAUCUCAGAAAUAAUGGCCAAUGGUGCGAAUCAACAGCAACUUGAAGCCGAAGUUAGGAUAUGUUGUGUAAUACAGGUUCGAAUGUGGCCAAUUGAGAACAAAGUGCCGCUGUCGACAUCGGGCCUCAUAGACGUGAUAAAAAUGGCGCGAACCUGGCGCAAACGAGCUCCGGAUCGGCCUGAAACAAAACCUACAAUUGUUAUGUCGCACAAUGGUGUAAAUCGAUGCGGUAUUUACAUAGCGGCUAACGUAUGCAUUGACCAGAUGGAUAUGGACCACGAAGUGGAUGUUUUCCAUGCCGUCAAAUUGAUUCGCAUGAACAGGCCGCAACUUGUUGAUAGGUAUCGCGUAUUCGAUCACAAAGAAGAGCCUCGUGAUAUGAGUUCUCGAAAUAACUCGACUCGUGAGUCGGCGCGUUCUCAUAAUGUGGCUGCUUUGGAUGCGAAUCAUGUCACUUGA